AUGCGUCGCAAUUCUGUACACAAUAUGAUUCUUAAUGAGUCGGACUCUGAUGAUGAAUUAGAGAUAGUUACAGUACUCAAAAUGGAGGAAGAAUCAAGAUCACGUCGUGGUUCUAUACAACGUCGUCUAUUCAUUAGGCGUAAUACUUUAGAAGGCCACCAAAGGCUUUUUCUCGACUAUUUUGCUGAAUCACCAAUAUAUCCUCCCAAUGUAUUUCGAAGAAGGUUUCGAAUGAAUCGUUCUCUUUUUCUCCGUAUUCAUUCUACACUAAAAGCUCAUGAACCAUAUUUUGUUCAAAAAAGAAAUGGUGCUCGAGUCCUUGGUUUGUCCUCCUAUCAAAAGAUGACUGCUGCACUUAGAAUGCUCGCUUAUGGAGUAGCGGCUGAUUUUAUGGAUGAAUAUGUAAGGAUUGGAGAAAGCACUGCAAUAAAAAGUUUAAAAAAAUUUGUUAAAGCAGUGGUUACAAUUUUUUCUGAUGAGUAUUUGAGAUCACCAAACGAAAAUGACAUUGCUAGAUUGCUAACAAUUGGCCAAAGUCGUGGAUUCCCUAGGAUGUUGGGGAGCAUUGAUUGUAUGCAUUGGAAAUGGAAGAAUUGUCCAACUGCAUGGAAAGGUAUGUAUUCUGGUCAUAUUCAUGAACCUACAAUUAUUUUAGAAGCAGUAGCAUCAAAUGAUCUUUGGAUAUGGCAUGCAUUCUUUGGGUUACCGGGGUCUCAUAAUGACAUCAACGUGUUAGAACGAUCUUCUAUAUUUACCAAGCUUGCUGAAGAGCGUACUCCUUCUGUCAAUUACUCAAUCAAUGGUAAUGAUUAUACAAUGGGAUACUAUCUAGCAGAUGGUAUAUAUCCACAGUGGUCAACAUUUGUCAAAACAAUUCCAUCUCCACAAGGAAAUAAGAGAAAGCAUUUUGCUGCAGCUCAAGAGUCAGCAAGGAAAGACGUAGAACGUGCUUUUGGAGUUCUUCAAGCACGAUUUGCAAUUGUACAUGGACCUGCACGUUCUUGGGAACGUGAAACACUUAAGAAUAUUAUGAAGGCAUGCAUAAUACUGCAUAACAUGAUUGUUGAGGAUGAGCGAGAUGUUAAUGAAGCAGAAGACUACGACUAUGAACAAAUCGAUGAAGAUCCCCAUGUAUCUGUUUCACAUGACCAUACAACUGAACUUAUGGAAUUCAUUCGACGCCAUCAUCGCAUUAGAGAUAGAGAAACUCAUUGUCAACUACAAUCGGACCUCGUCGAGCACUUGUGGCAACUACAUAGUCAAUCAUAG